AUGAGACCGUCAUCUCGUCUUCUCGCGUCCCAUAUCCCUAAAGUGGAAUCGUAUAUCGUAUCUUCCAAGAGAACGCCUUUCGGGGCCUAUGGAGGAAAACUCAAAGAGCUCAAGGCGUCUGAAUUAGGUGGUCUAGCGGGUAAAGCAGCUUUGGCGGAAUUGCCUUCAGGUGUGGAAGUAGAUCAAGUGUUUUUCGGUAAUGUCUCACAGUCCGAUAACUCUACACCAUACCUCGCACGACAUGUAGGACAUUUAUCGGGACUGGGGCCUACUGUACCUGCCUUGACUCUCAACAGAUUAUGUGGAUCAGGAUUCCAAGCUGCUAUAACAGCCGCUCAACAUAUCUCCCUAGGAGAAGCAGACGUAUGUCUGACAGGUGGUGCUGAAGCAAUGAGCAUGAGUCCUUUUACGAUGUCAGGUCUCUCUAGAUACGGAACAAAGUAUGGAGUUGACCUUAAGUUGGAAGAUUCCCUCGCCGCCGCUUUGGUGGAUCAAAAUCCUGGAGGUGUCAAAACCCCCAUGGGAGUCACGGCCGAGAACUUAGCUAAGAAAUACGGAAUAACAAGGGAAGAAUGUGAUAAUUUCGCUUUAAUGUCACAACAACGAUAUGCCUCCGGCCUCGCUGCUGGAGCUUUCUCAGGCGAGUUGGUACCAGUCAAGUUGAAACCUGUUAAAGGGGUACCUCAAACGCUCGAAGCAGAUGAACAUCCCCGACCUCAAACUUCCAUUCAAUCCUUACAGAAACUGCCAUCGGUUUUCAUCAAGGAGACCGGAGUAGUCACUGCCGGUAAUGCAUCAGGUAUAUGUGAUGGAGGAGCAGCCAACAUCGUGAUGUCCGAAUCGUCCCUGCAGAGAUACGGCGUGAAGCCCCUUGCUAGGAUCGCAGCGUACAGUUGGAGUGCAUGUGAACCUGAAAUUAUGGGUAUAGGUCCUGUCGUAGCUGUUCGAAAUGCCUUGGAGAAGGUUGGUAAGACAAUAGGUGAUAUGGAUAUUAUUGAGGUCAAUGAGGCAUUCGCAGCUCAAUGGUUAGCUGUACAAAGGGAAUUGGAAUUACCGACUGAAAAGACCAACAUGUUUGGUGGGGCCAUUGCUCUGGGUCAUCCAUUAGGUGCGAGUGGUGCGAGGAUCCUCGCCAAUCUUACUCAUAAUCUCCAUCGACUCGAUAAGAAGUGGGCUUUGGGUGCCGCUUGUAUAGGUGGUGGACAGGGUAUAGCAGUGGUCCUGGAGAGAUGCUAA